GCCAACCUGAGUCUAGCACAAUUCUCCACUCCCAAUAGCUCUCCCUCUCUCUUAAAUAUUCCGACGUUGAAGGGGAAGCCGAUGAUAACCCCGCGAAGCCUCUACCUGCGAAUCCAUCGCUUCCCGGCCGACGGCGAGCGCCUUUUGGGCGAGCAGUCGCAGUCCGUUGAACUAUCCCUUUCUUUUCUCCUAAUCCCACCUUUUCAAUUUCCGGAGUUGGUUGAUAGUUGACUCCAUCCUAAGCAAUCCCCAACCUCUCUAUUUCCCUUGCUUUUUUUUUUAUCUUUCAAUUUAUCUAUCGAUAGUUGAUUUCUUCUAAGGCAUCGCAGUUGGUGGAUUGAUUCGUCUCUCAUGUUAAGAGCGAGAAAUCCUCACUCCUGAGGCUUACAACUGCCGGGAGGAAUGACCUUGUUUAGAAGGAGAUUUGGGACUCACUAUGGCGUCUUUGCGGUUCUAUGGUUGAUCCUCACAUGUGUGCGAGAGGCCGCAGCGCUGCGGCCGAUCAGGGACAGGGGCCCCUCUGCUUCGACGUCAUGGGGUGAUGAGAGGAUAUUUCUUAGAAGAGGUGGCAACGACCCUACUGCUUACUCAAGAUGGAAUAUUACCGGAACAUACAGAGGAACAUGGAGUUUUACUGGCACAUCUAAUCGUUCAUCUAGGUUUUUGGAAUUUGGAAAAUCUAAUGGCCUGUCUGUUUUGGAGCUAGCGAGUUCUCGAACAAAAAUAAAUGGUGUACACUAUGUUCAGGGAGCAGUUAUUUUUCAUGAUGUUCACGACAGUGAGAAUGAUCUUGGAGCUACUCAAAUGCGAGUAGAAGGUGUUUAUAUCUGGCCUUUCAAGCAACUUCGGCUGGUUGCAAGCAGUGGAUCAGAUGGAGUGCUACUUCAAGAAGAGCACUUUAUGUCCAAUCCCUAUCAUUUGCUAGGAGCAUUUUCCUCUCAAGUUUUUCAAGAGUCUCCCAGGGAUAGAGUACGAAGGAAAAAAUCACUUACAGAUGACAUUGAGAAACAUUGCAACAUUGAGAUAGCUGCUCAGGUUUCCCGGAUCUCAUCUAGCCAAGCAGAUGGUGAACAUGAUUGCUAUCACUUGGAGGGGUUAAUGGAGAGUCCUGCAGUUGAGGAUGAUGGAGAGUGCUUUUCACCAAUACUUCUAAAUGCCACUUCGCUCAAUGUUGAGGUCUACUAUAACAAAGCUGUUAACUAUACCUUAAUGGUUACUUUUAUUUCAUUCAUCCAAGUUCUGCUACUGAUUCGACAGAUGGAACAUAGCAAUACUCAAUCUGGUGCUGCCAAAGUUUCUAUUUUGAUGAUUGGUCAACAGGCCAUUAUGGAUGCAUAUCUUUGUCUUUUGCAUUUGACUGCUGGAAUUUUAGUAGAGUCCCUAUUCAAUGCUUUUGCGACAGCAGCUUUCUUCAAGUUUGUAGUUUUUUCUAUUUUUGAGAUGAGGUACCUUCUCGCUAUUUGGAAGGCAAGUAGACCCUUAAGCAAUGGUGAAGGUUGGGAGGCAAUGAGACGUGAACUAUCAGUCCUCUACAGCCGUUUCUAUGGCAUCCUUCUUGGCGGAAUUCUUGUAAUGUAUGAGUUCCAUAGUUUCCUGCGCCCAAUCCUUUUCAUUAUGUAUUCAUUUUGGAUACCACAAAUCAUCAAUAAUGUCAUUCGGGAUACAAGAAAACCUUUGCACCCUCAUUAUAUAUUAGGCAUGAGUGCAACUCGUCUUGCAAUUCCUUUAUACAUAUUUGGCUGCCCAAGCAACUUUAUGCGCAUAGAAGUUGACAGGGGUUGGUGCAUAUCACUAUGUAUAUUCAUGGGAUUUCAAGCAUUGAUUCUUCUCCUUCAACAUUAUCUGGGUUCUAGAUGGUUCAUUCCUCGCCAGAUAUUGCCCGAGAAAUAUAGCUAUACAAGGAGACCAGAGAACAAUACCACCCAAGCCACUGACUGUGUCAUCUGCAUGACAGCAAUUGAACUGACUCAGCGAUCAAGUGACUACAUGGUGACACCAUGCGAUCACUUCUUCCAUUCGGGCUGCUUGCAAAGGUGGAUGGACAUAAAGAUGGAAUGCCCUACCUGCAGGCGUUCACUUCCCCCAGCAUAGUAAACACCUCAGUUAACUUUACCCUCCCAACUUUUUGGCCUGCAGAUGGCAAUUGGAUGCAAAAGAUUUCACUCUGCAGUCAGAGGACCAUUGAAGCCUUUCAAAAGAGCUUGGGAAAGUAAAAAGGGAAAUCUCUCUCGUUUAUAAAGAGGUCUAGCAUAGCUCCACAACUGUACAGUUGCAUUGUACAAAAUUAGGCCUUUUAAACGACUCUGAUAAUGCCAUCCUGUAUAUGAUUAUUCUUCCACAACAGUAUUUGGGAUGCCAUAGCCGUGAAAGAAGUAGCUUAGCAUCAUCCUUCAAAUUAUGUUGGGAUUUGUGUGGUUGAGUUGGGGGUUCAAAAUGGUAAAUAAAUGAAAGAAAAUGUUGUGAGCAAAAUUUUGCAUUCUAUUACAGUUUAAUUAGAAGGCUCUUGUUGUUGCAGGGAAA